CCUCCACAUCCCUCACUAUUUUUAAAGUUUUCCAGUAGCAGAGGUUCUCUCACUCUCUCUGAACCAUGCAUCUGUCCUGGAUUCUACUGCUGACCUCAGUGUGUGUGGCGUGUGGUGAGACCAUGCCACGCGCUCUGUGGCAGUUCGGCGAAAUGAUCACCUGCACGCAGCCCAAAGUGAAUCCGUUCAUUUACAACAACUACGGCUGUUACUGUGGGUUUUCUGGAUCUGGCUCUCCUAAAGACCCAAUCGAUCAGUGCUGUGCGGUGCAUGAUAAGUGUUACGCGAACGCUAGGAAACUUCCAGAAUGUCCUGGUUUCACAGACUUGCCGUAUGUCAAAGUGUACAACUUUAGCUGCUCUGAGAAAACCAUCACUUGUUCAGCCUCCAAUGAUAAAUGCCAGGCUGCAGUGUGCGAGUGUGACCGAGUCGCUGCGAACUGCUUCACUCAGUAUCACCACACUUACAACAGCAACUACAAAAACCUUCCGCAAGAUGAGUGCAAAUAAGAGAGAAAGAAGAGAUCUCGACACGGAGACUAAACACCACGCUGCCUCCUUCACAUCACCUAAACACCAAGUGCAUUAGAAAGAAUAAAGAAUAAAGCAACUA